AAAAUGGGAAAAAUCACAUUCUUUGAGGAGAAGAAUUUCCAGGGCCGUUGCUAUGACUGCAACAGUGACUGUCCAGACCUGCGCUCCUACUUCUCCCGCUGUAACUCCAUCCGCGUGGUCAGCGGCGCCUGGGUCCUCUACGAGCACCCCAACUACAAGGGCUACCAGUACAUCCUAAGCCCCAGCGAGUACCCCGACUACCAGCAGUGGAUGGGUUUCAACGACAGUGUCAAAUCCUGCCGCGUUAUCAAAAACGUCUAUGGCAAUGCUUGGAAGUUGAGGCUCUACGAGCGCCCUGACUUUGCAGGCCAGAUGGUGGAGUACUCUGAUGACUGUCCGUCAGUGCAAGAGGCCCUCAAGUUCCGCGAAGUCUUCUCCUGCAUGGUCACCCAUGGAGCCUGGUGCUUUUACGAGCACCCCAACUACAGGGGGCGCCAGUACUUCCUCGAGCGCGGCGAGUACAGGAAGUUCUCCGACUGGGGGGCCCAGUCUCCUGACGUUGGUUCCUUCCGCAGGAUCACUGACUUCUAA